ACCUACCGAAAAAAAACAAGCGACGGACGAUAUACAUGAAGGCUCGGUGGUGGGGAUUUCCUUCUGAAAGGGCUCAUAAGGGCGGUAGGAACUCGAAACCUUGUCCAUUACGUCAGGGAGCGGGCUGCUAGUCGCCCUCCGAAGGAGCAGAAAAUGUCUAAUUUCGAAUGCUGGUUGAGCGAUCGACUGGAUGCUCUGAGAGUCGACUCCGAAGUCUUCAGCAGCUACAUACAAGGGAUCCUUGAAGGAGAUGAGAAACACGAUGAGAAAACUGAGUCGAUCCAAGACAUACUCGAGAGUGCCUCCACGGAGAGCGUUGACAUAGCUGGAGUCACGCAGGAGAUUAUCCGCAUGUACAACGAACAAUCAGGUCUCGAAAGCUCGAUCGGAACUUCACAAGCUCUGGACGCAGCCACCGAGGACGGUCAAGAAGGUACUUUCGAAGACAAAGUGCGAACGAUUUUUUCAAAGCAAAACGCGAAAGCGAGCGAGUCAGCCAAUAAGCGGAAGGCGUCUAGCACUGAGGAAAGGGAGAAAUUGAGAUCCUCGAUAUUGAGUCAGUACGCUGAGGUUGAAGUGGCGAGCGCUGAAAAUGCAGAAGAAGACAUAAUCAAAGCCUCAGCGGGUCAGCUCGCGACUCCGGCAUUGAACCCCAAAGACAAACGGAAGAACCCUCCAUCGAGUUCAGACCCCCUGCUCAUGAAGAACACGAAUGCUCAACAGGUUCUGGAUGCGGAGAAGUUGAAAAGAGAGAGAAGCAAGCAAGAAUCCGAAGCCAAGAAAGUAAAAGACAAAACGGAUCGUGAGAAUCAAAAGAAGAAAGAAGCCGAGCGGAGAGAGAAAGAGAAGCAACGCACGCAGAAAGGAGAGCGCAGAAGAUAAUCGCAAGAGAUUGGAACCGCGCCAUUCCUGGCCCCCUUGGGCACGAUUUAGUGAGAUGACUUCUUCGGAAGGGGGGAGUUUUGAGUUUGGAAUAAAUACAUAAUUUAUUGAAA